AUGGCAGACGACAAGUCCUUCGAGAUGACUGUGGUGGAGGAACGCCCCGUUCAGGAAGCCAACCUGGAGCAUCAGAUGGAUCGGGACUCGGGAAACCGCAGUGAGCAAAAGGGCUUUCUGGAUCGCUACAUCAAUCCUUCGGCCAUCAUCAACUUUGGGUUCACCCUACAAGCGGCUUGGGAAGCCUCCGGGGUUUCCUUCCAGUUCAGUCUGCUGAACGGCGGUCCGGCGUCAUUAGUGUACGGCAGUAUAUUUGCAGGCGUAGGCUCGACGAUGAUCGCCAUAUCGCUGGCAGAGAUGGCUUCGAUAGAUCCUGUCGUAGGAGCGCAGUAUCGAUGGUCUGCAGCAUUCGCACCUUCGCAUCCAGCAUUCUGGGGACUGUUUCAAGGUUGGAUGUCCGUAUUCGCCUGGAUAACUGCGACAGCAGCGUCACCCGCAUACCUCGCGAAUGUAGUUCAGGGCCUUCUCAUCUUCAACUACGAGUCCUACGAGCCUCAACGAUGGCACGGCACUUUGAUCAUGUGGGCCUUCGUCAUUGUUCCCGUGCUGUGCAACUUCUGGUUCAGGAAGCUUCUGAACACGCUCGAGAUGAUCGGGGGGAUAUGUCAUUUUGUGUUCCUCGUGAUAUCAGUGAUCACCUUGGGUGUCUUGGCUAGGCGGAGUACGGCAGAUUUUGUCUUCAAUACUUUGACUCACGACCUCAGCGGUUGGACAAACCCUGCCAUAGCCUGGAGCAUCGGGCUUUUGACCGUCACCUUCCCGAUCACUGCCUUCGACGGAGUGCUCCACAUGAGUGACGAGGUUAAAGGACCAAAGACAAGAGUACCGCAGAGCAUGAUUACGGCUGUGACCUUGAACAGCGUGAUGCAGUUCGCAUUCAUGGUCUGUCUCAUGUUUUGCAUAGGCGACAUCGAUCUUGUGUCGACUUCUCCGACCGGCCUCCCUAUUAUCGAAGUGUAUUAUCAGGCCACCAAGUCGAAACACGCGACCAACAUUCUGGUGGUGAUGAUGGCCUUUAUACUGUUCAUCUCGCUAUUCAACAUCUUCGCCUCUGUCUCACGCCUGACAUGGGCUUUCGCCCGCGACAACGGACUACCUUUCUCGAACGUGUUCUCCUACGUCCAUCCGACUCUAAAGAUUCCGCUCUAUUCUUUGGGACUAGUCGGCGUGGUCUGUUGCCUGCUCGCUAUCAUCAACAUCGGCUCCUCCACAGCCUUCAAUGCGCUGAUCUCGCUCCCCCUGAUCUCCCUGUACAUCUCCUACCUAAUACCGAUCGUCUUCCUCCUCUGGCGCAAGGUCAGGGGAAGGCAUCCGAUAUACGGUCCUUUCAAGCUCGGCCGCUACGGGAUCCCAAUCAACCUGUUCGCCACGGUCUACAUUCUGUACAUUCUCAGCUUUGUACCGCUACCGACGAUCAAGCCCGUGACUGCGGUGAACAUGAACUACGCGGGACCACUGGUGCUUGCUGUCAUUGUUAUCGCCAUCUUGGACUGGACUUUCAGCGGCCGUUACAGGUUUCAUGUUCCUGUUCCUCGCGCUACCAAAGGGGAUUUUUAG